AUGCGAUUACGGAAGAAAGGCUUACAAGAGUUUUUCAACAUGGUGCAAGUAAAUCCGGUCAGGCGUGAUCUUCAUAGGACGGCUCAAAUUAUGCGGUUAGGUGUAGAUCCUAAUAAGGCAGGUAGUGUUGUCGGUUAUCGAAUCGUCUUUAGGCCGGAAGGUUUUGUAGUAGACACAAAGACUUCAAAUGCUUUGCUUCAUGGACUCUGUGAAGAAGGGACGCUGGAGGAAGCUCUUAGGAUUAGAGAAGAGAUAUUAGGGCGUGGUUUAUUACAUACACAUUUUUAUAACAUGUUGAUUUCUGGAUUUUGCAGAAAGAGGAAAUUGGAAAAAGCUUUUACGUUUAUGGAUGAAAUGGCUAAGAGAGGACUUAAGCCUAACAAUCAUACUUACAGCAUAUUGAUCCGUGGGAUGUUUGAUUUGAAUAAAGUCGAGGAGGCCAUACAGCUUUGGGGUUCUUGGAAACGGAACGGUAUGCUUCCAGAUGUUAAUACAUAUUCAGUCAUGAAUAUGAUAGAUGGAUGUUGUAAAGCUGAAAGAGUAUAAGAGGGUCAGAAACUGUUUGAUGAGAUGAUGAGCAAGAACGUGCAGCCAGAUAGUGUUGUUUAUAAUCAUCUAAUCAAAGCAUAUUGUAGAAGUGGGAGGCUAUCAAUGGCCUUUCAUCUCAGUGAAGAUAUGAGAAUCAAAGGAAUCUCACCUAAUUGUGCUACAUAUACUUCACUAAUAAAGGGGUUGUCAGUAAUUAGCCUUGUUGAGGAAGCGAAACUCCUCCUCGAGGAGAUGAAGGAGGAGGGUUUGGAACCGAAUGUUUUUCAUUAUACAGCACUUAUUGAUGGGUAUGCAUUCAAAGAGAGCAUAGUCACAAGCAAACAUUAAGGGAUGGAGCAAACCCAUACAUAGCUGAUGAAAAUAUUGUUUUAGAUGUACAUAUACUGUAUGGAAAAUAUAUACUUUAAUACUUAACUACUCAUAUUCAAUAUAGAAGAUGGCGAAAGUUAGGACUCUUGGAUGCAUGAAGAAAAAAAUACACUACCCACAGUCACAGAUUACUUGCCAUUAUCCAAUAAAUUGUAUUAUGGAUAUAUUAAUAUCUGUCACUUUCUUUCACCUAAGGCCUAGUAUGGAUCGGAUAAUAAGUAACUUGUACACACUUGGGACGACUGAAAAGAACCUAAGUUUUGGGUAAGUUGAGAGUCAAUUACCCUGAAAGCUGGGGAUCUCUGAAACAUACAAGAUAUGUAAGCCCACACAUAUACAGCUACCAAACUAUUAUCACGUGGUAUGGACCAUUCUUACUAUCUACAUCCGUUCGUCUCUAGUUUGUUCUUCUGUUAUCUCAAAUACCUUGUGAAUGAAAUUACUCUAGGUUCCGUAUUUAAAUCAUUUAUAACUUUUUGUGAAGUGAAAGAGGUAAAGUCACUUGUCAAUGGAAAAGUACAUUUCAUUUUCAUCCAACUUUCAUGUCCCCUCUUUUUCACCAAUUUAGAUCCAGCAACCACAUGAUCUGAGGUACACUAUAAUAUGUACAGUUUAUGUAUGCGUAGUAUGUCACAUAGAAUUAUAGAAUCAUCCUUAGCUUCAUACAUCAAACACAUUCCGUACAGUACGGACCUGCAAAUUGAAUAUUUAGUCCGAGAACAUGCGAUUUCACUUCUCAUUAUAUGAGAACAUGAGUUUACUCGUAUGGUCUGAGCAUGUACAGAGAAGAGUAGAAGACUAAUAUGUAUUUUUAUAAUUCAUAAAUAUCACCGAUUAGAAAUAUGUCAAGAAAACAUCACGUUUAGAAGAAAACAAUCUAUGUAGUUAAGUAUUCUUUAUAUAUAGGUUUUGCCUUUUAAUUGUUAGGCAAUAUACAACGAAAGAUUGAGAAAGCUUAAAAUUGCCACUUCAUUACAAUUUGGACGGUUAGACCAACUUAUCGCUUUUAAGUUUCCAUCCCUUUAAGAUAUUCAUACUCAUCAACAAGUGAAGCUUUUUGGUUUAUUGUUGGAUAAAAAACCUUACACUUUGUUAGCCAAAAAAAAAACUUACACUUAUACCAAACUUUUAAUACAUAUACAUACCAAUAUACCAUAUUGUACCAUAUACAUAUAGAUGUGUGUGCAUAUAAAUAUCUUAAGAAAGGAGUGAAGAGCAAUUCACAAACCAAUCACUUCGUACCAAUUACCAUAUAACAAUCACACUCAACACUCUCAUGGCUACUCAAUUCAUCAUCCUCGGCUCAAGUCCACCUCCCCCCCCCCCCCCCCCCCCCCCAUAAUCUCAAUUUAGACCCGUGGAAAACAUGAAAAAUACUGAUUUAGAGAAAAACCUUUCAUAUCAAAAUCUCAAUUUAGACCCGUGGAAAACAUGAAAAUACGUAAGACCACAUGCUUUUUAGUGAAAAGAACAAUGGAAAACACAUACAGAUACCAAACUAUUCGCUCGUGGUAUGGACCAUUCUCACUCUCUACAUCCGUUCGUAUCUAGAUUCCAUAGAUUCUAGGUUCUUCUUCUCAUUAUAUCUCAAACAAUGUGUGAGUGAUUAGUCUAAAUCCCAUAAUUAAGUCAUUUGUAGGUAAAUAUUUUGUGAAGUGAAAGAGGUAAAGUCACUUGUUAAUGGAAAGUACAUUUCAUUUUAUCCACCUUUCAUGACCCCUCUUUUCACCAAUUUAGACCAAAUACUUUAGAAUAUACUUUAAGAGCAGGAUUAUCGUAAAAACCGUUACAGGUUUCUUAAAUUUUUAUUUUGUCUGAUUUGAAAAAAAAAAAAUCGAAUCAGUCGCGGGUUGCCACGUGUCGGUAGGGUCUGCGAUCCUUAACAAGCGAUCCUUAUUUGGUGGUUUAUGUCACCGCUUUUUAACAUUUUUUGCGGAGCCUACACACUAUGAAACUCCUUUAUCUACUGCGAUAAUCAUGGUCUAAAUCUAAGAAAAAACUUACUGCGAUAAUCCUGGUCUAAAUCUAAGAAAAAACUUGACAGUGACUCGUCAUUAAAAUUGGACGGUUAGACCAACUUAUCACUUUCUAGUUCCCAUCCCUGUAAAACGUACCCAUCAACAGCUUUUUGGUUUAAUUUUAGGUAAAAAAAACUUACAGUUAUACCAAACCUUUAACACA